GCCCAGCCCGGUAGGGAGCCGCCCAGUCUGCCGGGGAGCCGCGCACCGGAGCCCGCGCGUGGCGGCCCGCAGGUAAUGAGAGGCCCUCAGAUCCCAGAGGACACCACAAGAGAAGAGUCAAGAAAGUGCGGAAGACCCUGUCUCCAGCAACCAUGGCAAGGAUGACUCGGCAAUGAGAGCAAAGCUAAACGGAGCUCCUCUCCCUUUUCUCCUCUGGCCUUCCUUCCUCUUUCCUCCCCUGCGCCCAGCGAUGGAGGGACUGGACAAUAGGCUCUUCCUUGCUCGGACACAGGCCACCGGAAAUGGCAUCACCUCCCCAGACACUGCCUUAUGAACGUUCCAACACCCAGCGUUGAACUUAUUUACCCCGAAGACAGUCUGGGCCAUUCAGAUCUACAGCCAGGAAAGGACUCUCUAGGGACAAGAUCUGGAAUCAACAGAGAGACACCUUUUUAAAAAAAAAUACCACCAGGGGUUUCAAUGAGUAAGUACCUCCCAGCCCGCUUUUUUCUUUCUUUUUUUCUUUUGCUAAUGAGUCUCUUUUUAGUCCAGGCUGCCCUCCUACUCCCCGAGGAAGCUCUGAGAAAGACCUUGAGAGAUUACAGUGCUCUGCCUACCAUUUUCUUUUAAAUAUACAUUUAAAUUUUCUGACAGUAUUUUCUCAGAUCCCUUCUGGUUACAAGUCACCGGGCAAGUGGGGGGAUGGGGGCUCCAGCCACCAGACUUGGUGGCACCGAGGGACCAGAUGUUACGUGGUCUAGACUGGUAAACAAUUAAUUUUUUUUUAAAGGUGCAAGGAAACAGCCAAUUCAGUGCUGAAGGAAAGAGGAUGUGCAACGUCUAGUUAUUGGCUGUGCAAUCUUGUCUGUUGCGGUUGCCCACAAAGGCUUGGCAUCCCAGCCCUGCUUUUCAUAAGCAUGUGAUGGCAGGGAGCUCAGUCCAUUUUUCAAUCUUGAUUUUUGAAUGUGUAAAUGAGUAAAAUGGAAGAUACCUAGUUCAUAAGUUUCUUAAGAGGAGCACACAGAUAACCAAGCAAAGCACUUAAAUAUCGCCAGAGGAGUCUAGGUAAUGUUACCCAAUCAGUUCAAUACUUCAUUUCACUGCAAAUAAUAAUAGUAUUUAGUAAUAAAGCUAGCUAACAUCCUGAGUGGUGGAAAUGGACCCAAACAAACUCCACACCUGUUCUGUUUCCUUGUAGAAAAUACAGGUUUUGUAUAAAAAUAGUUUUUCCAGCAGAGAGUAAAGAGGAGGAAACAACAUGCAAAUUUUUCUUUCUAGAUAAAUUUACUUCCUUCUUUUCAUUUCAGCAAAUAUUUAUAGCUAGAGUUAAAAGCUUAGGUUCUACCCAAAGAAAGGAAACCGACACCCCAAGCUUCUCUAAUCCAUCAGAAGUUGCCAUCAAUACCAGGCCAGUUCUGACUUUUGAUAGCUGAGCAACCUUGGGCGAUUUUGCGUAACUUCUGCCUGCCUCUGUUGAUUUCUCUGUAGGUGGAGGUAACUAAAGACUGGGUUGUGAGAGACUCAAACAGUCCAGUCAGCAAGCAAGAAAUUAGCAGGGUGGGAGCUAACCUUAGGACUAGUGACUGAAAUGCAGACUGCAGGGUUAGUCCGCACUGGAGAGAUAGCUUGAGGGUGUAGAGAACUCCCGCGCGACUUGGCUGUUGGCUUUCCCCAGAAGCAGCAAUUCCCAGACCCAGCUUGUGCAAAAGAGGGAGCUAAGAGGCGCCGCGCAGGGCAUCAUGGUUCGCCUGUUGGCCUCAGAAGUUCAGCAGCUUCUCCAUAACAAGUAUGUGGUCGUCCUUGGGGACUCUGUACAUAGGGCGGUGUACAAGGACCUGGUGCUCCUGCUGCAGAAGGAUUGCCUGCUCAGUCACAAGCAGCUCAGAACCAAAGGGGAGCUGACAUUUGAAAAGGAUCAGCUAAUGAGGGGAGGCGAGCUGGACACCCUACACAACCGCACUGACUACCGCGAGGUGCGCGAGUUCUGCUCCGACCAUCAUCUGGUGCGCUUCUACUUCCUCACGCGCGUCUAUUCUGAGUACAUGGAGAGCGUCCUAGAGGAGCUGCAGUCGGGCACGCAUGCCCCAGAUGUGAUCAUUAUGAACUCUUGCCUCUGGGACGUCUCCAGGUAUGGGCGGAAUUCCUUGAGUAGCUACAAGCAGAACCUGGAGAACCUGUUUGGGCGCAUGGACCAGGUACUGCCCAAGUCAUGCCUGCUUGUGUGGAACACUGCCAUGCCUUUGGGUGACAAGAUCAAGGCAGCCUUCCUCCCUCAGAAGUGUAAGGGCCAAUACCGGAUCUCGGUGGCCACCCUGAAAAAAAGAGUGAGCCAGGCCAAUUUCUACAGCCAUGCCGAAGCAACAAAGCGCUGCUUCGAUGUGCUGGACUUAAAUUUCCACUUCCGUCAGGCCAAGAAGCAUCUGCAAGGAGAUGGGGUGCACUGGAAUGAGCAUGCACACCGCCGGCUCUCCUACCUGCUGCUUGCCCACAUGGCUGAUGCUUGGGGGGUGGAUCUGCCCCACCGAGACCCAUGGGAGCCUGGUCCUGUUGUGUGGGAAGGUCCAAGUCAGGUAGAAGAAUGGCAGCCCCAGGUCAACAGAGGUCCCCAGGCCUUUGCCUUGUCUCCACCCAUGCCUCUUCCCAGGCCACGCCCACUGUUCCCACCCCCUGGCUUACCCUUAAGGCCCCCCCCACCCCUCCUAGCAUGUUCCCUACCCCCACCUCAGGCGACACCCCCAUUACCACACUAUCCACAAGAUGCCUAUUUUUCCUCAGACCAUGUUUUCCAGUCAGAUGAAUUCUAUAUUCAUUCAGAUGACCCCCCACCUACCCACGGAGGAUAUACCUUUGAGGGUGACUUUAGUUUUUAUCCCCAACCACCCGUGCCCAACUUCCGCCCACCCUGUUACCAGCGCCAAGCCCCUGUGGUACAUAGGGGUUUCCCAAGGCAUCUUGCUCGCGGCCCCUAUAUGCCCUGGAGAGAGAGGCCCAGGCGACCACAAAGACAUGCCCCAGCCUGCCUAGAGUCAAGGCCUCAGUAGUCUGACUUAAACCCCUUUACCUCUGGGUGGGGCUAUGUGAUAUUGACUUUCCCCUUCACUUCUCAGUCUCCACACACUGACCUUGCUACUUAAGCCCAGCUAGUCCCAUCUUGGAAGUCUCUGUGCUCACUGUUGUUAGAGACGAGGAAUAACACACUGGCCCACUCCUGCUGCCUGAGGAGGUCUCCUCCCUCUGAGUGACCAAGCAAGCAUUCUUACUACCUCCCCCCAUCGCUAUUCUUGUUGCCUUUUUGUAAAAAUAAAAUUGAA